UUUGCGCAUGCGCAUCACGUAAAGUUUUUUUGCAUCGGCUUUCCAUGUGUUUUGUGGGAGAAUCUGCUCUUACAGUCCAAAUUGUUGAAACGUAAGGCAUCGUAUUCCUAAUUAUGGGAGGGCAGGCAAAGGCUAAAAAGAAAAACAAAGCAAAGAAGAAAGAAAAUCAACCAAGCAAUGAUACCGGCGUAGUAGGCUUGACACCUCAGGAGAGGAUGAAAGUGAGAAUGCAUGAAAAGGCAAAGAAGAAAACAGCUGCCAAGUACUCUGUUGACCAAUUACUAGAAAAGACUGAAGAAUGCAUGGACAGUUUUGACUUUGAGAUGGCUGGACUCUACUGUCAGCGUGCCCUAGACGUGGAGUCCACAAACCUCCAAGCUCUUGACAUGCUGGGACACAUCUCCUUAGAGCUUGGAAACACCGAGAAAGCUAAAGAAGUUUUUCUGCGGGCUGUGGAGCUCAGCCCAGAUGUAGGUCACAGUAAGUAUAUGUACCUGGGACAGCUCCACACAGGUCAGGAAGCUGUUGGCUACUACACCAAAGGAACACAAAUCCUGCUCUCCGCAUUGGACGAAGAAGCACAGACCACAGCCCAGGCGGAAGCUGCCACGUCUGUCGAUGAUGAUUCUGACCUCCCGACGAUGAAGGAUGUUAGCACGGCCUACUGCUCCAUCGCUGAACUUUAUCUAACCGAUCUCUGCAUGGAGGAGGGAGCCGCUGAUAAGUGCAGAGAGUUCAUUGAGAAAGCGUUGCAGUAUCACUCUAGCAACCCUGAAGGCCUCCAGCUCAUGGCCAGCUACUUGUUCAGCACGGAGAAAAAUCAGGAAGGCAAAGAAUACUUGUUGAAGAGUGUCAAAUUGUGGCUGCCUGCCCAGAAACAGACGGAAGCAUCCUCCAGCCUAGAAGAUGAAGCGCAGCAGAUCCCGCCGUAUGAAUCCCGCAUCACCACAACCAAGCUUCUGGUCGAAGGCGAGGAGUACGAGUUGGCUGUAGAAGUACUCGAGGGGCUCCUGGAAGAGGACGACGAAGUUGUUCAGGUGUGGUAUCUCUCCGGCUGGGUUUGCUACCUGCAGUUAGAGAGAGCCAAAGAGCAGCAAGAAAAAGACGGGAGACAACUCACCGACGUGGAGGAAGAAGAGAGGUCAGCGCUCAAGGAGGCGGCCCGAAUGCAUUUGACUAAUGCUAAGAAGCUGCACAGCAAGCUCGGCUGUGACGACCAACCCAUGUUGGAGCAUGUGGAGCAGCUGCUGGGUGAGCUGGGAGGAGAGUUGGAGGGCGAAGAAGCUCAAGUCGGGGUCGAUGACGACUAUGAGCCAGCUAGUGAUGAGGAGGGAGACAAAGAGGAUACACCUAUGGAAUACUGACGACGCCCCCCUUUUUUGGUAGCUAUAUGUGAUGCCAAAUUGUUCUUUUGAAUUACUCGUUAGUGCCUUUUGAUUAGUCAAAGGUCACAUCUGUUCAUCCGAGAACUGUUGAUUCAACGGGACAUGUAUUUUUCUUCAACAAUCUUGUAAAGCCUUUUUUUUUUUUUUUUAAUUAGUUUGUUAAAAUGGCCUGAAAAAACAAAACUGUGAUAGCAUUAGCUACAUUUGACCCAUUAAAUUGAGAAAGUGGUCACAAUUGGUUAUGUUCGGCUGGCACAAAUUUUUAAGGUCAGAGAAUGAAGCAGCUUCCAUUGAAAGUGCAGCUUUAAUACCAAAGUGACAGUUGUGUCACUAAAGCGGUCACAAGCGGAUUUAAAUGAUUCACAGUUUGUCAUAGCGGAUGCCAAUCAGCAGCCGUUUAACAUGAUAGCUCACUCGCGCUAUACGGAAUAUAAAGUACGCGCAAGAAGUGAGAUAUAACUGGUUUGUGGGGGGAAAUUUUAGGAUGAAACUCAAAUAAACUCAGACAGUUGAACUUGAUUUGACCUCCGAAUGAAUGCAGACUGUUUAAUUUUUCAGUACGUUCUGUUCUCCCAAAAAAGAGCUAAGCAGAAAAAAAAUCUGAAUUGAUGUUUGAGUCAUAUAACCACGAUGUAAAAAAAGAAGCGUGUGACCUUUUUGUAAUUAUUUGGAUUUUUGCUCAAAUUGGUCUUGAAAUGUGAUCUAGACAAACACACCUGGGGCUGCUUUGCUAAAACAGACACGGACGAGACACAAAUCAGACUUUUUGCUUGAAGAAUUUUGUCGAAACUGUUUCAGUUUAGCAAUAUAUACACUCGAAUUCAAUUAAAUGAAAUGCCAACAAAUUACGCAUAAUAGAUUUUUUUGGAACAUUUGGAAUUCUGACACUUUUCUGGGAUUGUACAGCAAAAUAGUGUGAUCACUGCUACGUGUUGCCCAUACAGAAAAGGGUGAUGAUAAUCUAAAAACCUACAUCUUAAUUCCAAACUUUGCCAAGUGUUCGACCAAACCCAUUUCAUAUCCCCUACAGACCAUUUCAUAUGCAUAUCACACACCCAAACAUACACCCGCGCCCGUGAAUCCUCUUUGAAGGAUUCCAUAACCGCUAAACGGGAACGUUAUCUGAGAUGGCGGUCCUGAUUGUGUUCUGGCUGCAAGCUGAACAACCUGUGUUGGAAUAUGAAGGUUGGGAUGCGCUGCUCCAAUGCUGUGUGACUAAGGAGAUGUCAAAUAAAGCUGGAGAGGAAAUGCACAGAUCUGAGUUUCAGAUGUGUGAUACAUUUUAUCAACACCUAAUGAGAUGUGAUGUGUUGUUAGGAGUGUUGAGGCUUUUUGCAAUGCUGUUUUUGUUGAUGUGUGUGUGUGCGUGUGUGUGUGUGGCUUUGAGUGUUUGAUAAUGCUGCAGGAGUGCAAGCUUGAAGGACCGACUACCUGCAGCGAGGCUGUCAUCCAGCAUUUGGCUGCAUAAUUACAACAAGCUCUGGUGUGUCGGCCUUUUCCGUGUGUGUGUCUGUGUGUGUGUGUGUGUGUGUGUGGAAGCGCCUGUGCCGCCUCAUCUGCACAGUUGUGUGAUUAAUGACUCCAGGGGUGACUGAACAUGGUCGGUCAGCCCUUUCUAGUUAUUCUGAGCUGACCUAUUGUGAGUUGGCCAUGGUGGACGCACAAAGCCUGGGGUAAUCUCCAAAUCCUCUCACCUGUACGUCUGCAUCAGCACCACCACUGUUUUUAUUAUUUUUUUUAAAUUCCCUGAGAGGGGAGAAUGCGCUUUUUUCACAAGGACACACAUUCAAUCACGGGGAAAGGACACUAUACUGGCUAGCUUGAUUCUAUUCUGGAAUAGGGGUCUUGGGACCAAGAGCAGUGACAUGCUAAUAAAUAAUGAGAUAAAAAUAAAUAAUAAUAAAUGAUAAUUGUUAUUGUCAACUACAAUGUUGACUUGACACGUAAUUUCUUUUUAGUAAUU